GGUGAUGGCGGCUGCAAGGAUUGUGUGGGAACAAGUGAAAUAACUGACAUCUGACGCAUGGUGUUUGUGUGGGUGGAACUCGGGAGUUGGUGUUUACCACAGACAUUACCUUCGUGACAUUCACUGAUUAAGUGUUCGAAGCCGAGGCUCUGUAACCAUGCUGACUGCUCGCGCACGUCGAUUCCUAUCCAAAAUAUUCAUCUGUGGUGUUCAGUUCACUUGUGAUUGAGUGCAAUAACGAAUGAUAUUAGGUGACUGUGUUUUUUGCAGUCUUCCAAACGACACGGUGAAUCUAUAGCAUCUUGCACGGACUCUAGAAGUGGCGGUCUUUAGCCUGGAGGAAACGGAUUUUGACUCACUGAUAUUAAACUGGUAAAAUGUCAGACGACGAGGAUAAGCCACCAGCACCUCCUGUUAGACUGACAAGCAAUAGGGGCGAUUCCACUCCUAAUUUACCGGUAGAUAUGCGACCCCUUCCUAAAGAACCAGACUCUGAAGACAGGAAGAAAAAAAUGUUGAAAGGAAAGAUCAAGCAAAAAGCUAAGGAAAACGAGAAACCUAAUAUAUCAUACCCAACGAACUUUGAACAUACAGUGCAUGUGGGAUUUGAUGCAGUUACAGGCGAGUUUACGGGUAUGCCAGAAGCAUGGGCAAGGUUACUGAUGAGUUCAAACAUCAGCAAACAGGAGCAGAAGAGCAACCCACAAGCUGUGUUAGAUGUCCUCAACUGGUUUGAUAACUCAAGCAAAGAAACCAAGGGUUCAAAGUACAUGACAACAACUAAAAUGGUUGCAACAGCUGAAUUAGCCCCAUCCCCAAGACCCAGUUUGCGGCAAGUGACAACGCAAUCUGGGUCAAGUCAUAGCCAGCAUAGCCUCAGCCAGCCCUCUAGUAGCAGCCCUUCGUCAACAACACCAGAUACAGAGGGAGGAGGAAAUGUCACUUCAGCCCCAACUAGCAGUGAGGUGGAUGAAGAACCCCCACCUCCACCUGUUGCUGCUCGGCCAGAACGUACAAAAUCUAUAUACACCAAACCAAUAGAAGAGGAAACAACAACAGCCCCAGCAGCUACAACAACAGCGACUACAACCACAUCGGUGGCUGCUGCACCGCGCACAACAAAUGGCACACUGGACAAGAAUAGGAAUAAUAAUGUCAGUGUAGGUGCUGGUGUAGAUGCAAGGACACCUAGUGAUAAAGCGCGUAAGAAAAAAAUGAGUGAUGAAGAAAUACUUGAAAAACUGAGAACUAUAGUCAGUGUUGGUGAUCCCAAUAGGAAGUAUACAAAGAUGGAGAAGAUUGGGCAGGGUGCAUCAGGGACGGUGUACACUGCUAUUGAGACUUCCACGGGGAUGGAGGUAGCUAUCAAGCAGAUGAACCUAUCGCAACAACCCAAGAAAGAGCUUAUUAUUAAUGAAAUAUUGGUGAUGCGAGAAAACAAACAUCCCAAUGUUGUUAAUUACCUGGACAGUUAUCUAGUUGGGGAAGAGCUUUGGGUGGUGAUGGAAUACCUGCCAGGCGGCUCAUUGACAGAUGUGGUUACAGAAACUUGUAUGGAUGAAGGACAGAUUGCAUCUGUCUGCAGGGAAGUUCUUCAAGCCUUGGAGUUUCUGCACAGUAAUCAGGUCAUACACCGUGAUAUUAAAUCAGACAAUAUACUGUUAGGUCUGGAUGGCAGUGUUAAACUGACUGACUUCGGAUUUUGUGCUCAAAUUUCACCAGAGCAGUCAAAACGUACAACUAUGGUAGGGACGCCAUACUGGAUGGCUCCAGAAGUUGUAACUAGGAAGCAAUAUGGGCCCAAAGUUGACAUUUGGUCUCUUGGGAUUAUGGCUAUUGAGAUGAUAGAAGGUGAACCUCCAUAUUUGAAUGAGAACCCUCUCCGGGCCUUGUAUCUUAUAGCAACAAAUGGAAAACCUGAGAUAAAGGAGAAAGAAAAACUCUCUCAGAUAUUUCAGGACUUUCUAGAUCAAUGUCUUGAAGUGGAGGUAGAGAAAAGGGCAGCGGCCUCAGAAUUAUUGAAGCAUCCUUUCCUGAAAAUUGCCCGGCCGCUAGCAAGUCUGACACCUCUCAUAAUGGCUGCAAAAGAUGCAGCCAGGAAUCAUUAGAGCUGUAGACCAGGAACACAGCCGUAUGAUGGAACUUGACUUUUGACAUGCAGCGACCACAGAGCUUUAAGUAGAAGCAGUCGAUUGUGUGUUGUGCCACUGGGAACAAUUCUUGCAAUUCUGUGUACCUGGCUUUUUGUGCUGGGUGACAAGGAAGUUUUUCACUUAGUGUAAAGUUUUGUUGUGAAUAUUUUUUGGAGAACCCAGUGAUGUGAGGUAUAUAGUCCACAGAGAAAAAUGAAUGUGACCCUUGAUGCAAAAGCUGGUCAUGGGUCUGUGCAGCUAAAUGCAGUUAUUUUACAUAUUUAAAUAGCUUUGCAUCUAGGCCACAUUUUUAUGCUGUGAUGCUGUUGAGAGAGAAUGGACAGUGCUGUAGAUGUGUGAGUAACUAAAAUGUGGAGCACAGAUCACGGGUGUCAGAUGUGUUCUUAUUUUUCUUCCAACCAAAGAGGUGCAUUUAGAUUUAUUAAUGGUCAUAUGCAAGGUGUUUUCUGAAACAGUAAGGCUUCUGACCCAGUUAACAUCUUGUUCAUGCUGGGUAAAUCUUUGAUUGGAAUGUUUCGGAGGUGCACUACUUUCUGUAAUCAAUAUUCUAAUGUGUAAAAUGAGAGAGCUGCUAUUUUAAGAUUACCAUUAACAUGCCGGUAACCAUAUUUGAGAUGUAGAUGUGUUAAGUUUCGUAUUCACUGCCUUUUUUUCUUUACUUUUAAAGAUAAGUUCUUAUUUCCUUGACUAUUUUAGAUUGUAACUUUGCAGUAAUACUAAAAACCAGUAUUAUAUUAUCUGUGUAGGAAAGGCAUCCCUGAAAGCUAGUAGUGUUACAUAAUUCUAUGAUAACGAUAUAGGAAGUUCAUUUUAUUAUGGUUUUAAAUGUUUCUGGACAGUCAUAUCUCCAUCAAUUUGUAUACAGAUUUUGGUAAAAAUAACGGAAAAUAGUCAUUCCGUGCUUCUUGGUGAACAGCUUAGGGAUGCAACACAAUGACUGAAAAUGUGCCCUAGUCAUUAUCAUCAGCUGAAUUCUGAUGCUAGUACAGAAUUUUAUAAUUUUGACAAUGUGAGUAAAAGAUAAUUGCCAUUGCAUUCAAAAAUAUGUGAACAAUUUGGGACUAUUUUUUGCAAACUGCAAUAAAUGCAAAAUAUUUUUAUAUUUUGUCCUCUUGUGAUUAUAAUUUUUAAGCUGUUUAGACAGAAUGAUAAUAUAAUGUGAAAUGUUUUGCUCCAGAAAAAGAUCAUGUAAUAAACAUGAUAGGAACAGCUAAGAAUGUGAUAUUGACAUUUGUGAUUUCCUUACAGUGUCUCUGUCAGCAGUUUGAUUGUGCAGUGUGUGUUGUCUCUGGAUACAUUGGAUGACCAAGAGUGCACACUGUUCCUGCUGACUUGCUACUCUGUUUGAUGUGUUAGAGAAUAUUCACAACAAAAAAUAAACAGAAUUUCAUGGCCUGUAAUUUAAUGGUUGCUCUGUAGUUCCCGUGC